CAGUGUUUACUCAGUCGGCUGUGGAGCAAGCUAGUUAGUUCUGUCACUGCAAUGGAGUACAAUAUGAUCUGAACCUCAGUGCCAUCGGAAGUUUAGAUGAAAAUCACUGGCUGUGAUGAUGGAGCCCAGCAGCUGUGCUGGCUCAGAGUUAGAACCUGCUCAGACAGUUUGUCGAGUUCAAGUCUCUGAAAACGCAGCAGUGAGAGUGAGGCUAGCUGGCAAUGUGUUCACAGUAGAGAAAACCCUCCUGGAAGACAACUGCGAAUACUUCCGGGCGCUUUACCAAUCAGGAAUGAAGGAAUGCCAGCAGGAGGAAAUUUGCCUUCAGGUAGUGCGUGCCCGUGGCUUUCUUCUGGCUCUUCAGGUGAUUCAUGGCGAGAGGCCUAUCCUUGAUAGUGAUGAAAUUGUUGAGGCUGUAGAGUGUGCUGCUUUUCUUCAGGUGAAGCUUCUUGUUAAACAUCUUGUAAACAUAAUUAAUUCUGAUAACUGUCUCCUCAUUUAUCAUUCAGCUGCCACUUAUGGUUUAUGGGAACUGUUCAAAAGUGCAGCUUUGUUCAUUUGUGAUAUGUACCAAGACCUCAAGGAGGAUAUAGAGUGUUUGCCAAAGGAACUCACUGAUUACAUUGAAUCUCUUAUUCCUAGUACAUAUGCUACCAUCGGGGCCCACUCACCCACCAUUAAGCUACUGCAGGACUUUAUGAGGACAGUGUGUUACCUUGAUGAGGAUAAGAAUGACUGGAAAGUUCUCACUCACCUACCACUUAACACUAGCACCACCAUGGCUGGGGUUACAGUCCUUGAUAACAAGAUCUUCAUUGUCGGUGGUGUGUAUGACAUAAGCAAUAAAGUUGUAGACUCUGGCUUCUGCUACGAUGUGGCCUCAGAUAAAUGGACGACAUUUUCAAGCCCACAACAGCUCCGGUAUAAUUGUACCUUGGUGGGACAUGAAGGCUCUCUUUAUGUGCUUGGUGGAGAGUUUGAAAGAUCCACCAUGUCAUCUGUAGAAAAUUAUAAUGUGUCCACAGACACAUGGAGAUUUGCUGCUCAUCUUCCAAGACCUGCAUCUGCUGUAGCUUGUACUAAGACUAUGGGUAGGAUAUUCAUUUGUCUGUGGAAACCAAAAGACACCACUGAGAUCUACGAAUAUGUAGUAGACAGGGAUGAGUGGAGUCUAGUGACCACACUGAUAAGACAUCAAAGUUAUGGGCAUUGUAUGGUGGCACACAGGGACAAUUUGUAUGUGAUGAGGAAUGGGCCAUGCGAUGACUUCUUGAGAUGUAUGAUGGACUGUUAUAACCUAACCUCAGGUCAGUGGACAGCCAUGCCAGGACAAUAUGAGAACAGCAAAGGAGCUUUAUUCACAGCAGUUGUGAGAGGUGAUUCUGUUUUUACGGUGAACCGCAGGGCGACAGUGGAGUAUACCAUAGAGGACAACAAAUGGAGGAUAAAAAAAGAGAUGACAGGAUUUCCAAGAAUUGGCUCCAUGUGGACUUUUCUCCUGAGACUGCCAAAGAAAACCAAAGAGCCACUGGGAAUGGACGAUUUGACAAAUGGCCAAGUUUUUACUGCGUCCUCUCACGUCCUUCCAAACUCUUCUGUAGAAUGCUAUUAUUGACCACACUGUAACCAUUUCAUCAGACUGUACACUUUAGAUAAGUAAUCUAUUUUUUUCAAAUAAUAGACUUUCUUUUUUUUCAUAUGCCCUGGUUUAACCAAGGCCUGGUGCUUCCACAAUAUGACUAAAAUGAAUUAUGUCUCCAUGUACUUGAUAUUUGUGUAACUGUCUGUGUGGAGUUUUGCAUGUGCUCCCCAUGCCCUUGUGGUUUUCCUCCGGGUUCUCUGGUUCCUUCCCAUCUCCCAAAAUAUGCCGGUAGGUGGUUUGGCUACACUAGAUUGUCCCUGGAUGUGAAUGAGUGUGCGAAUAUGUGUUGUAUUGUGCCCUGUGGUGGACAGGCACCCCAUCCAGGAUAUAUUCCUGCAUUGUGCCUGGCGUUCCCAGGAUAGGCUCCAGAUCCAGGAUAAAGUGAUUACUGAAGAUGAAAGAAUGACAAUGAAUGAAUAAAGCAUUUACAGAUUUAAAUUCAUAUCAAAUGUAUUGUAAUCUCUAAAUGGACAAAUGACAGUAUGACUGAGACUAAAUGGAGACUUUUUUGAUUUGACUACCAAAAGUUAAGUAGUGUACAUAAUGCUGCUCUCCACACAAGUUUUGUUUCUAGGGCUACAAAUGAGCAUCAACAAAACAUCAUUACACAAAUAUAAUUCUGCAAGAUUCUGGCCGCUAGUUUGUCUGUGCCAGAGGAAUAGUGAGAUGAACACUGAACUCCCCCAUGUGAAAGGAGUUCCUUUUGACUUAUAUUUAAAUUAUACAGUACUAAAAGAGAAAAACCCCACAGUUCUUUUUUAUUUGUGCUACAUGCUAAAGAGUCAACUAUGGCUAAAGAAUCAUGUAGAAAAUAAUUAAUACAUUUCAUUGACUAUUAGUCCAUCAACAUAGCAAAUAUCUUUUCCAUUCCCAGAGACUGUUAUUAAUCUAAACAAGUCCAUAAGGACAAAAUGUUCCUUCUUUCUUUCUCUGAAGAAAUAUUGCAAACAACUUGACAAAUGAGGGAGCUGGUUAAACAUUCUGAUAGCUCACAUUUUCUUCAAGAUUCCGUUGGACGCAGGAAAUUAGAAGCAGAAACACUGAUCAUUGUUUCAUUUUUUUAUUCAUACAAUGUCAGCCAAGU